CACGAGGUAGGGUAGAAUAACGCGUCACCUGUUCUCCGUGUGUGAGUUGCUGGGCGGGGCUGCCGCGGAGCCUGGAAAGUUUUACCAAGUAGUAGGAGAGUUUUGGCGGCGGCAGGAGCUGGGUUUUCUCCAUGAAGAAGAGGAAGUUAGCAGAUGGAGUGCGAAGCUCGGCUCGCCAAAAAAAUCAGACUUGCUCAGAUGCACAGAAAUCCUCUGAUGAUGAAGAUGAAAUCGGCGACUCUGUAAGGCCUGCAAAGAAGAAAUGUCUGGCAUCAACCCACAAAGCUUCCAACAGGAACCUAUCCAAAAAGAUUAUAUGUGACCAGAACAGUGGAAAACCCUGUGAUAGCGCCAAGAGAGGUGCCAAGGCUGGUGCUCAGGCAAAAGGUCCAGGCAGGAGAUGUCCAAAGAUGACGGUCAGCACUCGGGUCCCUGCUCGUCAGGUGUCAUAUCAUGGGUUAACAGAUGAUAGCUGUGAUGGGAUGACCUUGUUGGGCACAGCACUUCCAGAUGGCAGAGGUGACAACAGUCCCUUUUUUGAUGAAGACAGCAACCAGCCAAUGCCACUUGGGAGAUUCUUUGGAAACGCAGAUCUAAUGCAGGACUUUCCACCUGUGGCCACAUCCCGCGCUUCUAUGAGUAGACGAGAGCUAAGGAACCUCCACUACAGAGCUAAGGAGGAGGACGACGAGGAGGAUGAAGGCCCGAAUAACGAAGAUACUAUUUAAGUAAGGCACUCCGCAGCCAGCACACUGGAACGAUCCCACUACCUUAAUGCUUCUUACACUUGAACUGCGUUCAAGCCAAAGUGCUUUUAUUUGUAUAUAAACUGAGAUCCAUUCGCUUGUAAUCAGUUUCUGAAGUGAAUGGAGGAAACGGAGGGCGAGCAGUACACCGUCCCAAAGCUUCUGGGCUUUUGUUGCCAAUGGAAAAGUGUCUUCAGGGACUUAUCGUGUUGAAUCCUGUACCCUUCAGUGGUGGUAUUCCUGCUGCCAGGAAUAUCAGUAUUAAAGGGGCACUCCCAUCUUAUCAGGUAUGGCUCAUCUGCAGGAUAGGCCAUAAAUAUCCAGUAGAUGAGGGGCCUCUGGGAACCACACCCUGACCCCAUCAGUCCGGCCUCUGGCCACCGCAUCCAGGCUGUGAUUUAAUAGAGGGGUGACCAGGAUUACUGAAACUAGCUGCUUGUGGUAUGCCGUUUCCGUAAAUCCAGAAACUGCGUAGCACAGCGAGCGCGGCUGUUUCUGUAUACCCGGCCACGUCUCUGUUCUGCCGCAGCCAGAGAUCACCUUGACGGGGUCAGAGGGCCCACAUCUAUCAGACAUUUAUGGCCAUUCCUGUGGCUAUGCCUUAAAUGUCUCAGAUGGGAAUCCCUUCCCCCACACACAGUGAUGUGUAAUUUAUAUUACUUUUGUGUAUAUUACGUUCACUACUUUUUCUGUAUGUAACAUUGAAGGAAUUGGUGGAGCUGAAACUAUUCAGAAUGGAGGAAAAGAAGAAAGUGAAUUGUCGAGCAACGGCUGGAGAGUCACAAGAUGUGCGCCUCAGGUGUUAAGGUGUCGUGCGAGACAAAGGAAUUUGAAUAACAUCCUGUAGGGGCAAUUUAGGAAACGGUCAGAUGUAGCAGAGCUGAGGUUGUUUUCUGUGGCUUCCCAUCGGACUGCAUUUGCUUUCGCUGCACAACUGCUUAGUCCCUAAGAUUUGAAUGACCCAUUCAGCUCUGCUUCAUCUGUUCGCACAGCGAUGGAAGCGUUAGCGUUGAAUAGUAUUUUCUCUUUUGCUUAGUGAAGGCAUGACGCAAAGAUUGACACUUUUAAGUGGACUAACUGCAGAUUUAGUAGGGCGGAGUUUGUUGUGCGGCAUGACGUGCACGCUGUGGCUUUCUAACGGACUGCAAGUUAACCUACUGCAUUCUCUCAGGGAGUUAACACUAGAGACAGAACAAGCGGUCAAAUCACAAACUCAGCCCUGCUGCAUCUGUAUGUGUGUGUAUAUAUGUUUACUGUGUUUUGAAGAAUUAUGUAUUGACUAUAUUAAAUGUCACUUCUGGUAGUGUUUGCAUCUAAA